AUGGGAAUGCGUAUUUCCUUAUUACUACUAGUACUAAUAGUUUCAUUAAGCUUGUCCAGAGCAGAUAACUCAUUUGAUUGUGAUAGUUGUGCAGAUGAACAAAGCUGUAAUGCCGGAAAUAACUGUGUAUAUCUGAGUUACAAAUCAUGUUGUGGUCAACAAAAGUAUUAUUGUACCAGCAAUAAUAACUGUGCCGCCAAUUUGGGUUGUAUGAAGAACCACCACGGAGACACUGCCGAAUUCUGGAACAGUUGUCGUCCAAAGAGUGGAGGCUGGGAAACCUACUAUCCAAAGAAUGCCACUUGUGCCGACUUGAAAUGCGAGGAAAAGGGAUUGGGUCAAUGUCAAUGGGUUGAUACCGCUCCAUGUUCCCAAACUUCAUGUUGUCCAGUUUAUGCUGCUUGUACCGGUUCAACUGGAGGAUCAAGUGGAGGAUCAACAAGUGGAGGAUCAAGUGGAGGAUCAACAACCACUGCAUCAUCCACCUUUGGAGGUACCAGUGCAUCAUCGACAUCGGGUGGUGAACGUUCAUGUUACACCAUUAAAUGUCCACCAUACAACACCUGUCAAAUGAUGUCUGGUAUUCCACCACCUCCAGUCCACGGAUGCUCGUAUCACCACCACAAGGAUCAAUGCUGGUCUGACCACCGUUGUUCAUGGACCAUCUUGAAGGGCUGUUGCGGCGAAGUCAAGGGAGUCUGUACCGAGAACGUUCACAAGAGACACCCAGAGUGCGUCAUCGACCUCAAGGACCACAAGGUCUACGAAGUCUGGGGCAAGUGCGGUGUACCCACCCACGGCUUCAAGGAACACCAUCCAAGAAACUUUACAUGUCGCGAUCUCAGAUGUGAAAGCAAGGGUCUCGAGUGUGUCUAUGGUCAAGUCACCCCAUGUGUCGGUACCAAGUGUUGUCCAUUGUCUGCCCACUGCGUACCCAAGAGAUGUGACGCUAUCACCACCUCUGGCUCCACUUUGGCCACUACUACCUGCACCACCACCGCCACUACCACUGCCACCACAACUGCCUCGUCCCUCGGUACUACCACUUUUGGCACCAUUGGAUUUGGUCCAAUUACAACCACUGCCAGUACCACUGCCACGACCACUGCUAGUACUACUGCUACCACUGGUGUGACUACUCCCAUGACAGCGCGUAUUACCACCACUGCCACUACCACCGCCACUACCACUGCCACUACCACGGCCACCACCACCUCGCCACAGACCCUUGGUCCCAUCUCGACCACUGCUACCACUGCUAGUACAACUGCCUCGACCACUGCCCAACUAACCACAGGUGUUCCACCAACUACCAGCACUACCGCAGCCCCAACCACUACCACUACCACUGGUACCACUACUGAUGGCUCUGCUACCACUACAACUACUACAACCGGCGCUACUACCGCAGUCCCAACCACCACAACUACUGGUGCUCCAACCACCACCACCACUGGUGCUCCAACCACCACAACAACUGGUGCUCCAACCACCACCACCACUGGUGCUCCAACCACCACAACAACUGGUGCUCCAACCACCACAACAACUGGUGCUCCAACCACCACAACAACUGGUGCUCCAACCACCACCACCACUGGUGCUCCAACCACCACAACAACUGGUGCCCCAACUACUACCGGUGCUCCAACCACCACAACAACUGGUGCUCCAACCACCACAACAACUGGUGCUCCAACCACCACCACCACUGGUGCUCCAACCACCACAACAACUGGUGCCCCAACUACCACCACCACUGGUGCCCCAACUACCACCACCACUGGUGCCCCAACUACCACCACCACUGGUGCCCCAACUACCACCACCACUGGUGCCCCAACUACCACCACCACUGGUGCCCCAACUACCACCACCACUGGUGCCCCAACCACCACCACCACAACUGGUAUUGCCGUCUCGACCACUGCCACAACAGCGUCUACUACAGCCACUACCACUGCCGCAGUAACCACUGCAACCGCUGCCGUCUCGACCACUGCCACAACAGCCUCUACUACAGUCACUACCACUGCCGGACUAACCACCACCGCAGCACCAACCACCACCACCACAACCGGUACAACCACCGCAGCCCCAACCACCACCACCACAACCGGUAUUGCCGUCUCGACCACUGCCACAACAGCCUCUACUACAGUCACUACCACUGCCGCAGUAACCACUGCAACCGCUGCCGUCUCGACCACUGCCUCAACAGCCUCUACUAUAGCCACUACCACUUUAUAA